AUGAACGGCCAAACCAACGGCACCUCCACCCCCAUUCCCCUCUGGAUCGGCGGCAAAGAGACAACAACAGACACGACCUUCCCCAUCACCUCCCCAUCCUCAGGCAAAACCCUCUGGUCCUCCUCCUCCAUCUCCCCCUCCCUCGCCACCGAAGCCGUCUCCGCCGCCCAAGAAGCUUUCAAAUCAUGGCGCAAAACCAAACCCGCCACCAUCCGCUCCAUCCUCCUCAAAGCCGCGGAUGUCUUUGAGCGGAGGAGCGACGAGAUUGCUGGAUACAUGAUGCAGGAAACCGGGGCGCUGGAGGCUUUCACGAAGUUCAAUGUUGUCGGGACGGCGGAGUUUUUUCGCGAUGUGGCGGGGCGGGCGGCGGGGGUGGAGGGGGUAGUGCCGAGAGUGCAGGGGGAGGGGCAGGGGGCGUUUGUUUUUAAGGAGCCGUAUGGGGUUGUGUUUGGGAUUGCGCCGUGGAAUGCUCCGUUGAUCUUGGGCACGAGGGCGUUCUUGUAUGCGAUUGCUACGGGGAAUACGGUGGUGCUGAAGGGGUCUGAGCUGUGUCCGCGGACGUUCUGGGCGUUGGGCUCGGUGAUGAAGGAAGCUGGUUUGCCUGAUGGCGUAUUGAGUGUGAUCUACCACCGGACAGAAGACGCGGCGGCGGUGACGGAGAGGAUCAUCGAACACCCCGCCGUGCGAAAGGUCAACUUUACAGGCAGCACGGUCACCGGCAGCAUCAUCGCCGCCAAAGCCGGCAAAGAGCUCAAACCAGUCCUCAUGGAGCUCGGCGGCAAAGCCUCCGCCAUCGUCUGCGAGGACGCCAACAUCGAGCACGCCGCCAUGCAAGUCGCGCUCGGCUCUUUCCUGCAUGCUGGCCAGAUCUGCAUGGCCACCGAGCGCGUGCUCGUCCACCGCAGCAUCCUCGACCAGUUCGCCAACGCCCUCUCAAACGCCGCGGAAAAAGUCUACGCUUCCUCCGGCGAAGCACCACUCCUCAUCGCCUCCUCCGGCGUCGAGAAGAACCGCAAACUGCUCAAAGACGCCGAAGCCAAAGGCGCCAGAGUCCUGCACGGCGACAUCGACGUUUCGGAGGAGAGCGCGCACCGUAUUCGCCCGGUCGUCAUCUCGGAUGUGAAGAAGGAGAUGGAUAUCUUCUACACCGAGUCUUUCGGGCCUUCGGUGUCGUUGAUUGCGGUGGGGAGUGAUGAGGAGGCCGUGGAGGUGGCGAAUGAUACCGAGUAUGGGCUUUCCGGGGCGGUGUUUACGGAGAAUUUGGGGAGAGGGUUGAGGAUUGCGAGGGAAGUAGAAUCUGGGGCGGUGCAUAUUAACAGUAUGACUGUACAUGAUGAGGCUACGCUUCCGCAUGGGGGUGUUAAGAAGUCUGGAUGGGGACGAUUCAAUGCGCAGUGGGGCAUGGAGGAGUUCUUGAAGCUGAAGACGGUCACGUACAUGGAGUAG